CAGCCGUCGCAGGAGGAGCAUCGCUGUCGGUCGCUGCUCCCGCGUGCGUAACAUCGUCGAUUGCAUAGAGAUGUUUGUACCGAGAUAGUGCGUUACAAAAACCUAUACGGAUUUGUGUGCCUGUGCGUAUUUUGUGUGUGAUGUCGGCUUGAUGGUUUACUGUUUUGUUGAUACUGAAGACGGAAGUUGCUAAUGCACCGGAUUUGAUUGGCAAAUAUAAAACUUCCUAACUAUACAAAGUGAUGAUCCAAACUAAAUGUUCAGUGAAGUGAUUUAAAUUCUUUGCCAAAGUUAUAGUCAAAGUGAGGGCAAAGGAAUUCCAAGUAUGCGGCGUCAUUGAAGAGUAAAAUAAGAUGCCAUCCUGAUUCGGACCCUCAUUAAAAAGAUCAAGUGGAAGAAGACUGCGUAUGGCCGCAAGGUACAAUAGGAGUCCAAAUCGCGCGUCACCGCACGCUAAUUGGACGCAACGAAAUGUUUGGUUUAAUUUCAAUGAAAACGAACGAGACGAAAAUGACCCACAAAUUGCAUCACAAGGAAACUAUAAAAAUUCAAUUACGGAUGCCGAUCGAAGUUCAGAUAGUAUUAUAGCGAACGAAUUAGAUUCAGUUAAUAGGAUAAGCGACUAUGAUGAGGAAAUCAGAAAGAAUGUGUGGGACGACGUCGACGACGAACUUUACAUAGCGAAUUUGAUCAAGGAGAGGACUUCAAAUGAAGUGAAACGUAACAAACGUGAUACAAGUGAUAGUGAUAUCAGUGCGAAGGUUGUGAAUAGUGUUAAGUUAGAUAUUAGCGACAUGUGGGAACUGGAGCCGACUGAUCUGACGGAGUGUGAGUGUCUUGGCCCGCCUCCGGAGUUCCUGCUGCCGCCGCCUCCCAGACCACCGUUCCUGCAGGCAGACUACUACUGCGGUGACGACCCGAUACCCGACUUGGAGAGCUGCGACACGGAACCAAAGAUAGACGCGUACAACCACAACAGCCCAUCGCUGCAGACGUCAGCCGUGAUAGGGCUCUGCUCGAUCGUGCUCGUCGUCGGUAUCCUCAUCGGUGCAUUUAUUGUUUGGAAACACAAACGAAAAGUGACAAAUCUUCUACCAUCGAAGUCAUCAGCGCCAAGUAACACGAGCAGCGGCUCCCAGCGGCGAGCGCCACCUCCAGCCCCUCUGUAUGAGGAUCUGCAGGACCUGCCAAGGAGGCCACCGCUGCCACAUAGACCUCAAGAGCUGGAGCCACAGUUGGAGAUGGUAGAAACAAAACGAACUAACUGUCCUGGACGAGUUUUCGUUUGUGGUGCGGGAGGCUCCUGGAGAGGUGGAAACAGCUGUGGAGGUGACACGUGCGGCGCGCCACUCUACGAAGAGCUGCCCCACCGAUCCGACGACUCUCUCCACAGUGAUGACCACUUCGCAGAAGACGAACUUAGUUUAGUCGGGGAAGCGGCACCAUGUCGAACGUGUUCCAGGCCGCCAGCCCCACAGUCGUUACCCCACCGGCAAAGACCGCAGAGAAUGGACCGAAGACCAAAAUCGCUGGAGAGGCGACGCGCGCAGCAUCGAAUGCCUCGGCAUAUCCACCCACCAGACCCUUCAGAGUUCCACGAAGGGGUUCUUCUGGAUGCAUUGCUGCGACUGUAUCCCCAAGUCGGCACGGUGGGUGCCAGGCCGCCAGGCCCGAUGCCAGUUAGCGCGGGAGGAGCGUGGCCUGGCGGCGAGUUACCUGGCAUCCCGUGCUGGAGAGGACCAAGGGCGUCUCCCAAGCCUCCGAGCGGAGAUUCCUCAUUCGGCUCCGAUUCGGGUUAUAGUAAUAAUACGUGUGGUACGUGUGGAACUCGGGCAUCGUCCCGACAUAGACUGUCAGCGGAGAUACCGAUGUCAUGAACAACGGAGUUCACGGACCUUGACACAAUAACCUGUGUCAGAGUUCCACAUUUCAGUGACAGUGAUAGGGUUCACUGGAAUAAACGUAAUCGUUUUUGCAUUUAGUAGAUUUACUUUCUAAUGGCCUAAUAAGGUCCGUUUUUCUCAUGCCUUUGAUGACGGGAGACGAGGGUCCUUGUUCAAAUAUGCAACAAUGUUGAAACUUUUCUACGACUGUACAAUACUUCGCUUUAUAGAUUUCUCCCUCAUUAGACCUUAGUGGUUACGAAAUUAUUUUUAGCUAUAAUAGUAAUUAUUUUGUACAAAAAUAUUGUGACCAUAUUUUGUAGGUAGGUAUAGCGGUUUCUUCCUAGUAAGUUCUUUGGAGCUAGUCCUAAAAUUAUCAAUUACGACGACAGAAUUGAGUUUUGUUUUUUUUUUUGUGUAAAUCGCAAACGAGUGAUGUAAAUUGUUUUCACGGAAUGUAGAUAAUGUACAAAAAUUGUAGUUAAAAAAAUUAUUUAAGGCGGUAAGGUUGAAUUUUAUAAUCAUAUCAUUAAUAAAAUUGUUCCAUUUUCCCUUUGAAAUGAUAAUGUAACUUUCCUUUUCUAUUUAUGAAAAUGUAUAUACAUUGGACUUUUAUCGUUUGGUGCUAAAUUCGAUCAACAGUGUCGAAUUUAUUUUUUUAGCUUACACUCCGAAUUUUAUUUGGAGUUCACCGCUUUCAUUUUAAGCCAGUUUUAUGUAUUCAGUAAUGUAUUUAAAUACGCUUCAUAAUAUUGUCCGGAACAGAAACUGUAUUUUUAUUAAUUUUAUCAAAAACUGUUGUUUUGUGUUGCUGUUUAUUUAAUUUAAUAUUUAAUAUUAAUGGAUAUAUUUAUUUGUUCCAUCAUUUUUAUUCAGUUUGCAUGCUAUCGAUUGCAACACUGUAAUUAAAAUUAUGGACUGAAUCGUCCGUUUAAUGAAUAUGAGAAGCACAAUAAAAUGAAAAAUAAAUACAUUUUUAAAAAAA